AGUGAUGGGAUAUUACGCUGACAGUGACAGCAAUCGCAUAGCACAAGUUCUUUGUUUUUGUUUUCAUUCAUUAAAAAGUUUACAAAUCCUGAAAGUCCACCGAAUAAAAUCGAUUGAAUUGAAAUCGUUUUACAAACAACGAUAGUGAUACGUGUAGUAUGACCAAAUUGAUAAAUAGUCGAAAUGUACAAUGAGCUCAUAAAGGCGUAGAGUUUCACGAACCAUAUUUCUCGGAGACAAAUAUGGCGAAAGUUAUUCGUAAAACUGUGUUCGGAAGUCUUCCACCAACUUACAUUCCUAGUCGUCUCGAAGAACGAAGAUCCAAAGCCAAAUCUGAAAGGCAAGAACGACGCCGGAAACCCGACAAACCCGAUGAUUUCGUCACCUACGAGGAUUCGGAGAGUGAGGACGAAACACCGCAACAACAAAAUGAAACACUGCGUACAUCCUUUAACUUUGUCGACUAUGUGCGGAGUCGAGAAUUCGAUCUGAAAGAAAUACGCAGCGUCAACCAAUACCAUGCCAGUCGUCACAUAUUAACUCAUGACAUGUUCAAGGAAUGCGCUAUAUCCUUGGGAAAUAUCAACAAAGUGUUCUGCUCACAAUGGUUGAGCAAUCGACAGGUCGUGUUCGGUACAAAGUGUAACAAGUUGAUGGUAUACGAUGUUAACAUGCGACGACUGGAUGCAAUUCCAACGUUGCCGAAUAAACGCGCAAAUGGUCCGGAAAGCCAGAACGGAAUACACGCAAUUCAAAUCAAUCCAAGCAGAACACUGUUGGCCACUGGUGCUAGGCAUUCAUCCGAUAUUGCUAUUUAUCGACUUCCUACUCUAGAUCCGGUUUGCAUCGGCGAAAAUGGACAUCGAGACUGGGUCAUGGACAUGUGUUGGUUGGACGAUCAGUUUAUUGUUUCCGGUUCUAAGGACGCUAAAAUGGCACUGUGGCGUAUAACUGAAGACCAGUACGAUACAUACGAGGACAAUAAGGAAAGUUGUCCCAGCUAUGCGUAUGAAGCACCAUUAGUGGUGAAAGAAUGUCGAAGUGCCCAGAAGAUUCGGUCGUUGUGCUUCAACAAAGAAUACAAAGAGAUAGCCGUAAUAUCAUUGAAUGGUUACAUUCACUUGUUCAAUGCUGAGACAUUUUCUCAGAAAUUAUCCAGAAAGCUCCCGAAUUGCCAGGACAAUGUGUGCAUAGCUUGUCAACCGAACGGUAUUUAUGCAGUUGGAUGUAGAUCAUACACAUUACUAUUAGAUCCAAGAACGCUUCAGGCGGUGAAAAAAAUACCAUCCCGAUACAGUGGCUGCGGAAUACGAUCAGCCAGUUUUCAAGGCGAUACACUAACUGUUGGCACCGGUUUGGGAAUGUUGAUGUUUUACGAUGUUCGAGCUGGAAAAUAUUUGGAGAGCAGUAUAAAUGCGUCACGGACAGUUGUUUUGAAAGCAAGCAAGGGAUAUGUGGUUCGUAUGCGUCCAAAAAUUGUUUUGGCCUCGAUUUUUCAUAAAAUAUUCGUUUCUCCAUUUGCGCAGUACCCUGACGAUCAAGAGGUGGACGGUUUUCAACAGAUCAAGUAUGUACCGGCCAUUUAUACACAUUGUUACGAUCACAGUGGCACUCGACUGUUUUCGGCUGGCGGUCCUUUGCCUGCUAAUUUGGUGGGAAAUUAUGCAGGAAUUUGGCAAUGAAAUUUUGGUUCCAGACAAUAUUGUCAGUGUGUGUCGCAAAGAUCCUACUACAUUAAAUAAAGUAAUAGAUUCCGAUAACUAUGACGAUUAUGCUUGCUGUCGGUGGCAGGUUCUAAUGCAAUACCGUUUUUAGCUUAUAGCGGUAAAUGCAGUAUGUCAUUACCGAGCAGUUGCAUAGCAUUCGUAUUCAACUUAGCGAUAGGUUAAUUGACACCACUCAACUGAAUUGAAUGGAAAUUCUCAUUGCUAAUUCACCAACACAUCGUUGCAAUAUUUUUUAAGUGAAUCAAUCAUUUAGUUUAAUUCUUAAUUGUGAUUUUACUUAUAAUUUUUACUUUUAUUUAUUGUGUUAAACUGCGUAAAUUAAUAAAAACAAAUACAAACGAA